GUAUCUUAAUACAGACAAUGUCAAGUCAGAUUUAGUAUAACAUUAUUCCUUAUAUACUUGACAUAAAAUUAAAAAUUAAAAUAAUCCACACCACUGAUUCUUCUUCUUCCUCUUCCACUUCCUCUUUCUUUUUCUCUUCCUCAUAUCCAUGUAUGUUAUUCACGGUUUAUUAAACCCGUAAAUUUAUUUUUAUCUUUUAUUAUAAUUAAAUCUCCCAAUAUAACCCACUCUCAUUUAAUAUUUACCUCUACUCUUAUCUGCCGGAUGGGUGUUGGGUGUGUUAAAUAUAUUUUCACCAUUUCCUUCUCAUUUAACACUUAUUCUGACAGUUGUCUUGGUACUGGGUUUGCCUGAGUUUGGUUGGUUGGUGGGCGCUCACCAGGAGUGGCGCCGAUCCUUAACGCUUAUUUGUACCUCUUUCUGCCUUCUACCUUAUACCUGGCUACCUUCUCUUCUCUUGAUUCUCUCGAGAGACUCUUGAGAAGUCUGUCUGGGUUGUAUUGCUGGCUGACUGGCUAACUGGCUGACAGUGCCUGUGGCUGUUGUGAACUAAAAGACUUAACUUAAGAUCGUGUGUGCAGUUGUAAGUACACUUUUGUACAAGUCACCACGAGAGUAUGGCCAUCAACAAGUUAUUCGUAUUUCUUUCUUGUGCUAUCGUUGCUGUAUCGUCUGCUGGGAUACUUGAGACACUGUUGUCAUGGGAUCUGCAUGAAACAGAAGGAAGAUCAUCGAUGCCGCAGUCAAAGUGUCUUUGUCAAACAUCCGGUUGUUUGUGUUGCGUUGAUCUUAAUUUAACCUCGACAAUCGAUCUCGGUGGACCGGCUUGUGUUAACAUUAAACAAAAAGAAGAUAACGUAUCAUUAAAUCUUAAUUAUGGAGACAAUCCUGUGCACAAUGCGACUAUAAAGAUAGCGGACGCGGCUAACAAACCGACCUGUAUGAAUCUACUUUCGGAUUUGGCCCAGUUGUGCGCCAAGUUUACGUCAAUCAAGCGGCACGACCAAUCAGAUUACGAUGGUUGUUUGGUUAUUGAACCAGCAUUGAUGCGCACACCACAGGCGACCUAUCAUAUUGGUUGCUUUAAUUUUAAUAAUAAUGUUAAACAAAUUCAAAGUACACCCAUUGAAAGUACUACAGAAACAACCGAAAUACCGGAAGAAGAAGAUGAAGAUGGGAUUAAUACAGAUGCGUUAAUAGCUGCAGUAUCAGAAAGCGCUGAACAAGGCAUUGCAUUUUUUUCACGAUGGCUCGGCCUCAAUUUCAAUCCAGGAUUAAACUUAACUAGUAACAAUAAAGUACAAGAAGUUGCUGCUUCACGACAAGAAAUAAGUUAUGAUAAUAACAACAACAAAAACAAUAAUAGUAAUUAUAAUGAUAAUAAUACUUCAACGGUACGUAAUGGCCGUAUGUUUGAUCAGUAUCUGACGCCACAAGAAAACAGUGAUGAGAGAUUCAAACAAUUACUAAGUGCACAAGAUAAUAUUGUUAAAGAAUCGGCAAGAAUUGGGCACGCGGAUGAAGGCAGGACGACUUUUGUUUAUGCUCAACAACAAAAACAACUCAAACAACAGACAGUUGACAGCCCACAUAAAAUAAAUCUCCCUAUUGUACCGCGAGAGUCACGUCGCGGCGGACGUGCUUACAAUAUUCAUCAGCAUGUUAAUGAAGUGUGACGCUUGAAAGAUUCAUAAUGAGAGAUAUUAAAAAUUGAUAUAUUUGAUAUUUAUUUUAAAUAUAUAUAUAAGAAAAAAAAAACCUCAAGACAACGGAAUUUAAAAUAACGUAUAGGAUUGUAAUAAUAAUAAUAAGUAUGAUAAGCAAUAGAAAGUGGAAUUAGGAUUCCAGUCAAUCGUCAUGUUAGAAAGCUAUACUUUAGUCUGGAUGAUAAAUCGAUUGGUUUUAAAUUUUCAUUUCUGUUAUUCGUGCUAUUCAUUAUAUUAUCAUUUUUUUUUUCUGUAAUUUGAAUACAAUUGAAAAACUUUCGACGUCUUAAUCAUGCGUAUAAUUUUAUGACGCGCUCUAUUAAAAAAAAAAAAACAUGUAAUUUUUAUUGCCGACUCAGUAAUCGACCCCACUAUUUUUUGGUAAUAGAAAAUAUCCGCUGAGUUUUUUUAAUUAAAUUUUAUUGACCCUAUAGGUUGAUGAAGAAAAAUAUAAAGAAAUAAUUUAACGAGUGAUAAUUAAAAAAAAAUAUUUUCAUUAUUAAUAGUCAAUAUUUAAGAGUUCAAAAAAUAUUUAACUAUAAAAUUUUAAGACCUAUAAAUGAUAUAUUUUUUUCAUCAACCUGCAGAUGAGUAAAUAAUUAAAAAAAAUUAAGUUGAUUAUUCACAGAAAAAAAUAGCUCUAUAACUUCAUAAUGACCAAAAAUUUGUAGACUCGCUGAAAGCACAUAAAUAACUUGACAAAUAAAACUUUGUAUUUUUCCAGUC